GUUGGAAAACGUAUUGAAAGAGGAUUACAAUUCCUAAUAUAUUACAACAAUCGAUUCGAAUUUUAUAACUUAUAUUCAAUCGAUCAUCUCUUACUGCGAACGACUAAAACACAAACUCUUAAAUGAGAGAAAAUGAAAUAUUUAUCAAUGAAUCAUUCUGGCAUAUAAGGGGAAAAAUCUUAAAAGAGGCAGUUGGGGUAAAAUACUGUGGAAUAUUGGGUUUAACGUUUUAGGGCUGCAAAAAGCCCAAUAAUGCCACAAAAAGCAUUUUGUCCAUAAUUUUAGGCCUUUUUAAAUAUUUAUUAAAACGUCUCCGGCCACAUCAUUUACAAUUUUCCAACCUGAAAACUCCACCGCUUCAGAGUUCCGACAGAUGACAAAGGACGGAGGAAGAAUACUCACGCAGACGGCGAUUGAGAUGCGAUCGGAGUGUUAAAAGAUGUGGUUUCGAAAAGGAAGAGUUUCAGGGAAGGAAGUAGAAAAAAAAAACUGAUCAAUCAGAAAGAAUUUUUACAUUGAAACACUGGAGAACUAAUUGGGAAGCGGAAGGAGUUACUGAAUUCCGGCAAAAAGCGACGAAGGAGGCGACAAGGAUGUCGAGGUGGAGCUGGAUCAAUUUCUCUUUUUUUGAACUGGGGCAGUUUCUUUUUUUUUUCCCCCUUGAAUUUUGGCGUUCCCAAUUUCUUUUCAACAUUUGAACUUUCUUCGAUUAAUCGUUAUGGAUUUGAGCAAUCAAGAUUUUUGGGAAUGGAAAGCGGAAGCCGUAAUUGUAGAUAUCAAUUGCCAUAUGCCAUAGGCCUACACGUAGAAUUCCAGUGGCGAUUGUGGAGGCUUUUUAAUUUGUUCACAUCAUGUUAAAUAUUACCUUUUUUUGCAGUCAUAAUCAAAUUUGAAGAAACUUAUUUCUCAAGAAUAAAUAUGAGAGAGAGUUAAUGGUCUAAAAUCAGUCUUCAAAGCAACAGAAGGAUUAUACGUGACCGUGAUGGCUAAUGUAAAUAUCUGUGGUGGUGUUUCCUUAGUUCCAAAGAAACAUUCAACUGCAAUUCUGCAAAUCGUCAUCAACUGUCAAAAUGAUUGGCUACAAUUUUGUCAGGUCCAAUGGAGCAUUAUAUACUUUCAAAAAGUUGCUGAAUUCUGAAGCAAUUGCUCUGAAAGAAGAACAGAACAACUAUGGGGGACAGGGUUUCUGUGAACAACAACAACAACAACAACCCUUCAACGAAAUAUGGUGUUUUUGCCUUAGUAUUAUUAGCCCGACUGAUCAUCUCCACCGCCAGUGAAUGUGACGGCUAUGUGGAGACUUUCAAUCUGCGGACCACGGCAGAGGAUUAUCUCCAAAUGCCUCAGAAUUCACCAUUCAAGAUUGCCCUUUUUGCAGAUUUGCACUUUGGUGAGGAUGCUUGGACUGAUUGGGGACCUCGACAAGAUGUGAAUUCCAUCAAAGUCAUGUCCACUGUUCUUGAUCAAGAGCAACCAGGCUUUGUGAUUUAUCUUGGAGAUGUCAUCACAGCCAACAAUAUCCCGAUACAGAAUGCAAGCUUAUAUUGGGAUCAAGCAAUCUCCCCAACCAAAAAUCGGGGUAUACCAUUUGCCACUAUCUUCGGAAACCAUGAUGAUGCUCCAUUUGAGUGGCCACUAGAGUGGUUUUCAUCCCCUGGAAUUCCUGAGCAUCAUUGCCCCGCAGUCAAUGUUUCAGAUCCAGACAUAACCUGCAGCUUUAAGGGCACAACACGUUUGGAGCUAAUGAAUGGAGAGAUCCUGCAUAACACAUUGUCCCUUACUAAGAGUGGACCUAGUAAACUAUGGCCGAGUGUUUCCAACUAUCUUCUUCAACUUUCAUCAUCAAAUGACCCGGAAUUGCAUGUUGCAUUGAUGUACUUCUUGGAUUCUGGCGGUGGGUCAUAUCCCGAGGUUAUAUCUGGUGCGCAAGUAAAAUGGUUUCUGCAGAAGUCUCAAGAGGUUAACCCCAAUUCAAGGAUUCCAGAGAUAAUAUUUUGGCACAUACCAAGCAAAGCCUAUGAGAAGGUUGCUCGCAGGCGGCCGUUUAAGGGGAAUUGUGUAGGUUCAUUGUUUAAAGAGAGUGUUGCUGCCCAAGAAGCCGAAACAGGUAUCAUGCAACUUCUUGAAGAAAGGCCUUCAGUUAAGGCUGUAUUUGUAGGUCAUAACCAUGGUUUGGACUGGUGCUGCCCUUACAAGAAGCUUUGGUUAUGCUACGCUCGCCACAGCGGAUAUGGAGGCUACGGAAAUUGGCCGAGAGGAGCGAGAAUCUUAGAGAUAACCGAGAAACCAUUCUCUCUCAAGUCGUGGAUUAGAAUGGAAGAUGGCACAUCUCACAGCUAUGUUGUCCUGAGCUCAUCCUGAUGUACAAUUUCUAAGUAAUUCCUCAGUACCUCUAUCUUGCAACUAAAUGAUGCAACUAUACUGCGCAGUGUAGUGCGCUACUAAUUAGAAUGAAAAGAAGUAAAUUAGAGGGAAAAAAAAAAAAUACUCUCCCUGUCCCAAAAAUAUAGUCUAACUGUACAAAUAUCAAAAUUUACUAUAGACUAUUUUUUUGGGCGAAGAGGAGUAACUUUUACUGCAAAUUUAAUUCAAGAUGUCUGUUAAUUGUUGGUAUAACUAGUCACAAAAUAGUAGUAUUUGCCAUUUGGGAACAUAGAAUCUGCUUUCUUGAACAUUCCAAGUUUCAUGUAGAGAGAUUUACUAAUUACCUUUCAUAUAUGGUGAACAUUUUUCUCUCAACAGAAACGGCUGCAGCAGU